GCGUCCGACAGACGAAGUUCUUCAACCACCGACCUUCAGACCUCCAACAAUCAUCCCCUUCUCGCCCGCACUCCCCCCGUCGUUUCCCUAUACACGCCGCUGUCACUGUCCACGGCCGAUUGAUGAUCGGCCAGUAACUCGACAACAUGGCCUCCAACGCGACAGAAAACGAGUUUAUGCGCUCUCCCAGUGAAACCGAAUAUCCUCCUACAUAUCGUGAACCCUCGUAUUACAACCCUCUACAUACGUUCCAACUACCCCCAGGUCAAGAAAGGCACUAUCAACAACAAUAUGGCGAUAUGUAUUUCUUGCGGCUCGCAAAGCUGAAGCCCGCAGUGGAGGAGGUGGCAGUCGAGGCAUGGGAAGGAUUCAGUGUAAGCUCAAUCCUCGCGCACUCUUGAACAACGCGAUCGUCGCCGCUGGAAGAGACAUACAACCACCGCCUGCUGGCCAGUUGCUGAUCGAAUUGGCUUGAGAUAGAUUGCAGGAGAGCAUGCGCGUCGGGUAGACCGAGUGUUGGAUGUGAGGCAGGGAGAGCUCUGCUGGGUGGCUGGAACAAUUUACAUGGACAUGCCCUUGAAACCCAACAUUCUGGAUGACUUGGCGAAAGAUGUAAGAUCUGGACUUUUGACCCGCCAACGCUUCGACUUGCUCAUCCUUCUGCGGUAGAACUUCACAUUGGCACCCCCGCCUCGCCGCACAUAUCUCGAUCCUUCGAAUCCCGAAUCGACGCAGAUCAUGCUCGAGGACGAAUCAGGACGUUUGCGGUUGACGGGGAGUAUGCUGCGAUCCACGCAACUGGCGACGGGCGCUAUAGUUGCUGUCUUGGGAACGGAAAAUGCCAACGGAGAUUUUGAGUCUAUCGACAUCAAGGUCCCUGAUCUGGCUCGACAGCCUCGUCGGUGGGAGAGAGACCAGUCUGUCUCGGAGGGCGAAACAAAAAAGGGCAAGAUCGCUUUUGUGAGUGGUCUUGGGAUCACAGGAACGUCGAGUGACACCCUGGCCCUGGAACUUUUGACAGACUAUCUACUGGGUUACACGGGUACUUCGACGAGUAACGAUGACAACGCACCAUUGAAUGCAUCCACAAUCACGAGACUGGUCAUUGCGGGAAACUCACUCGGUGCCAGUAUGACCGUGGACCCCAAUGAGGCUGGGGCUGCUAAGAAGAAGAGCGGUCCGAAGAAGUACGGAUAUGACGCCUCGGCUUACAAUGCCUCGCCCAUCACCCAAUUAGAUACCUUCCUUGCGGAGAUUCUGCCUAGCAUACCGGUGACUCUCAUGCCGGGCGCAAGUGAUCCCGCGAAUUUCGCCUUGCCUCAACAAGGAAUUCACAGGGCCAUGUUCCCGCGGGCGAGAGCAUAUUGCGCUCCACCUCCGUCGGUCGGAGAGACGCCAGAACCAGGCUGGUUCGACAGCGUCACGAACCCAUGGGAAGGCGACAUCGAAGGCUGGCGCGUGUGGGGAUCGAGUGGGCAGAAUGUAGACGACGUCCUUCGCUAUCUCGAUUUUGCCGAUGAGGAUGGAAAUAUCGAUACUAAUGGAGAUGGGGAGGCCCGGGUUCGCAUCAUGGAGGCCAUGUUGCGUUGGAGAUGCGGUGUGCCCACGGCACCUGAUACGAUCUGGUCUUACCCCUUCCAAACACACGAUCCGUUUGUGAUGGAAUCUUGCCCCCAUAUCUUCUUCACCGGCAACCAACCCGGUUUCAAGACUGCCGUGAUCGAAAGCGAUGCACCAUGGCGACUCAACGGAGCCGACACAGAGAUGACCGACUCAAAUGACACCACCACGACUCAGCGAGUCCGCCUUCUGUCCAUUCCCAAAUUCCACGAAACCGGGGAGCUUGUUCUCGUCGACACGGAGACCUUGGAGACGGAGGUGAUCAAAUUCGGGGCAUUUGUCGGGAGAGAAGAAAAGCAAUGAAUAUGAAUCUUGUCCGGUUAUAUAGAUAUCCCAAAUACUUGUAAUUCAGGAGUGCAU